GGAGGAGGGGAAAGGUGGAGGAGAAAGGAGGGGGGAGCGGGGAGGAGCGGCCGGGCCUGGGGCCUUGAGGCCCGCGGAGAGCCGGGGAGCUGGGCCGGCGCGCCGAGAUGCUGCUGCUGCUGCUGCUGUUGGCGCCUCUCUUCCUCCGCCCCCUGGGCGCUGGCGGGRCGCAGACCCCCAACGCCACCUCAGAAGGUUGCCAGAUCAUACACCCUCCCUGGGAAGGGGGCAUCAGGUACCGGGGCCUGACUCGGGACCAGGUGAAGGCUAUCAACUUCCUGCCGGUGGACUAUGAGAUUGAGUAUGUGUGCCGGGGGGAGCGCGAGGUGGUGGGGCCCAAGGUGCGCAAGUGCCUGGCCAACGGCUCCUGGACAGAUAUGGACACACCCAGCCGCUGUGUCCGAAUCUGCUCCAAGUCUUAUUUGACCCUGGAAAAUGGGAAAGUUUUCCUGACGGGUGGGGACCUCCCAGCUCUGGACGGAGCCCGGGUGGAUUUCCGGUGUGACCCCGACUUCCAUCUGGUGGGCAGCUCCCGGAGCAUCUGUAGUCAGGGCCAGUGGAGCACCCCCAAGCCCCACUGCCAGGUGAAUCGAACGCCACACUCAGAACGGCGCGCAGUGUACAUCGGGGCGCUGUUUCCCAUGAGCGGGGGCUGGCCAGGGGGCCAGGCCUGCCAGCCCGCGGUGGAGAUGGCGCUGGAGGACGUGAAUAGCCGCAGGGACAUCCUGCCGGACUAUGAGCUCAAGCUCAUCCACCACGACAGCAAGUGUGACCCAGGCCAAGCCACCAAGUACUUGUAUGAACUGCUCUACAAUGAUCCCAUCAAGAUCAUCCUCAUGCCCGGCUGCAGCUCUGUCUCCACACUUGUGGCUGAGGCUGCCAGGAUGUGGAACCUUAUUGUGCUUUCCUAUGGCUCCAGUUCACCAGCCCUGUCAAACCGGCAGCGUUUCCCCACAUUCUUCCGAACACAUCCGUCAGCCACUCUCCACAAUCCUACCCGAGUGAAACUUUUUGAAAAGUGGGGCUGGAAGAAGAUUGCCACCAUUCAGCAGACUACGGAGGUCUUCACUUCGACUCUGGAUGACCUAGAGGAAAGAGUGAAGGAGGCUGGAAUUGAGAUAACUUUCCGCCAGAGCUUCUUCUCAGAUCCAGCCGUGCCUGUCAAAAACCUGAAGCGCCAAGAUGCCCGAAUCAUCGUGGGACUUUUUUAUGAGACCGAAGCCCGGAAAGUUUUUUGUGAGGUGUACAAGGAACGUCUCUUUGGGAAGAAGUAUGUCUGGUUCCUCAUUGGGUGGUAUGCUGACAAUUGGUUCAAAAUCUAUGAUCCGUCAAUCAAUUGCACAGUGGAUGAGAUGACCGAGGCAGUAGAGGGCCACAUCACCACUGAGAUUGUCAUGCUGAACCCUGCCAAUACCCGGAGCAUUUCUAACAUGACAUCCCAGGAGUUUGUGGAGAAACUAACCAAGCGACUCAAAAGACACCCUGAAGAGACAGGCGGCUUCCAGGAAGCACCGCUGGCCUAUGAUGCUAUCUGGGCCUUGGCAUUGGCCCUGAACAAGACAUCUGGAGGAGGUGGCCGUUCGGGUGUGCGCCUGGAGGACUUCAACUACAACAACCAAACCAUUACCGACCAAAUUUACCGGGCAAUGAACUCCUCGUCCUUUGAGGGUGUCUCUGGCCAUGUGGUGUUUGAUGCCAGUGGCUCCCGAAUGGCAUGGACACUUAUCGAGCAGCUGCAGGGUGGGAGCUACAAAAAGAUUGGCUACUAUGACAGCACCAAGGAUGAUCUUUCCUGGUCCAAAACAGAUAAGUGGAUUGGAGGGUCCCCUCCAGCUGACCAGACCCUGGUCAUCAAGACAUUCCGCUUCCUGUCACAGAAACUCUUUAUCUCCGUCUCCGUUCUCUCCAGCCUGGGCAUUGUCCUUGCUGUGGUCUGUCUGUCCUUUAACAUCUACAACUCCCAUGUCCGUUAUAUCCAGAACUCCCAGCCCAACCUGAACAAUCUGACUGCCGUGGGCUGCUCACUGGCGUUAGCKGCUGUCUUUCCCCUUGGUCUGGAUGGUUACCACAUCGGGAGAAACCAGUUCCCUUUUGUCUGUCAGGCCCGCCUCUGGCUCCUAGGCCUGGGCUUUAGUCUGGGCUAUGGCUCCAUGUUCACCAAGAUCUGGUGGGUCCAUACAGUCUUCACAAAGAAGGAGGAAAAGAAGGAGUGGAGGAAGACUCUGGAGCCCUGGAAGCUGUAUGCCACAGUGGGCCUGCUGGUGGGCAUGGAUAUCCUUACUCUUGCCAUCUGGCAGAUCGUGGACCCCUUGCACCGGACCAUUGAGACUUUUGCCAAGGAGGAACCAAAGGAAGACAUUGACGUCUCUAUUCUGCCCCAGCUGGAGCACUGCAGCUCCAAGAAGAUGAAUACAUGGCUUGGUAUUUUCUAUGGUUACAAGGGGUUGCUGCUGCUGCUGGGAAUCUUUUUGGCUUAUGAAACCAAGAGCGUGUCCACUGAGAAGAUCAACGAUCACAGGGCUGUUGGCAUGGCCAUCUACAAUGUGGCGGUCCUGUGCCUCAUCACUGCUCCCGUCACCAUGAUUCUGUCCAGCCAACAGGAUGCAGCCUUUGCCUUCGCUUCUCUUGCCAUCGUGUUCUCUUCCUAUAUUACUCUGGUUGUGCUCUUUGUGCCCAAGAUGCGCAGGCUUAUCACCCGAGGGGAAUGGCAGUCUGAGGCACAGGACACCAUGAAGACAGGGUCAUCUACCAACAACAAUGAGGAGGAGAAGUCCCGCCUGUUGGAGAAGGAAAACCGUGAACUGGAAAAGAUCAUUGCUGAGGUGUUGAUUGGGCAAGAUGCUGUGGUGGGUGCAUUUUUAGGCACUGAAGCAGAGAAGUGAACAAGAUGGUUUGCAUGGGACACAUGUUCCCAUGAUGGGAUGAUGACCAGUGAAGAUGAACAAAUAAAAAACUGAGAUAGUGUAAGAGACCAACCAGGAACACUGGGCAUCUCUGUCAUUAGCUCUAGUGCUCAGGACAACCCUGGGGGGAGGGGGUUGAAUGCUCAAUAGAUGGCAAGGAGACUGUGGCCUGGUAAAGAAAGAAUCCUGUGCAGUGUCAUACAGCUAAUA